GAGUUGGACAACCUCAACCAGUGGGGGCUGAACAUCUUCAGGGUCUCCGAGUUCUCCAACAACCGCUCCCUGAGCUGCAUCAUGUUCACCAUCUUCCAGGAGCGUGACCUGGUGCGCACCUUUGCCAUCCCCGAGCGGGCACUCCUGGGCUACGCCCGGGCCCUGGAGCAGCACUACCACCCCGACGUGGCGUACCACAACAGCCUGCACGCCGCCGACGUGCUGCAGUCCACGCACGUGCUGCUGGCCACCCCUGCCCUCGACGACGUCUUCACCGACCUGGAGGUCUUGGCCGCCCUCUUUGCUGCCGCCAUCCACGACGUCGACCACCCCGGCGUGUCCAACCAGUUCCUCAUCAACACCAACUCGGAGCUGGCGCUGCUCUACAACGACGAGUCGGUGCUGGAGAACCAUCACCUGGCCGUGGGCUUCAAGCUGCUGCAGGAGCAGGACUGCGACAUCUUCCAGAACCUGAGCCGGCGGCAGCGGCAGGCGCUGCGCCAGAUGGUCAUCGACAUGGUGCUGGCCACGGACAUGUCCAAGCACAUGAGCCUCCUGGCCGACCUCAAGACCAUGGUGGAGACCAAGAAGGUGACGAGCUCGGGCGUGCUGCUGCUGGACAACUACACCGACCGCAUCCAGGUGCUGCGGAACAUGGUGCACUGCGCCGACCUGAGCAACCCCACGAAGCCGCUGGCGCUGUACCGGCAGUGGACGGAGCGGAUCAUGGAGGAGUUCUUCAGGCAGGGCGACCGGGAGCGGGAGCGCGGCAUGGAGAUCAGCCCCAUGUGCGACAAGCACAGCGCCUCGGUGGAGAAAUCGCAGGUCGGGUUCAUCGAUUUCGUGGUGCAGCCGCUGUGGGAGGCCUGGGCCGAGCUGGUUCACCCCGACGCGCGGGAGAUGCUGCGGGCGCUGCACGAGAACCGCGAGUGGUUCCGGCUGCGGGCCCCGCUCAGCCCCGAGCCCCCCCCGGCACCGGGACCCCCCCCGGGCCCCCCCCGCUUCCGCUUCGAGCCCCCCCCGGACGGGGAGGGGGAGGGGCGGGACCCCCCCCCGGAGCCCCCCGGGACCCCCCCGGGGAGACCCCCCGAGGAGGGGGAGGGGCGGGGGGAGCCCCCCCCGUGA